CAUCAGUACGACAGAAUGGAGCGGAAGCCUAUUACGUUUCCAAUGGAUGGCCUUCCAUUCACACUGGAGGACGAGCGAGUGGAGAAGAAGUCGCAUAUCAUCAAUGGGGAAGCCGCCUAUCGGGACGCUGCUGGCAAUGCGCAUCCAGUCAUACGCCAGUUCAUCUUGCGCUGCGGCAUAGUCAACUAUCUGGGCAAGGUUUUGAAGCAACGCUGGACCGAUUGGCACAACCAAAUGCUGCAGGAGAAUGCGCUUAAGCAGGGCGAAGAAGAGGAGGAGGCGGUCCAGAAGCAGACUGCAGCCAAGGAGGAGCUGCACAACAAAGAGAUUAACGAUCUGUUCAAUUACAUCUCGGAUAAGCAGGACAUGUGGAACUGCAAGGAGUACUUCAAGGUCAAGGACGCUCUGGAGCUGGCCAACAAGGAUCUAAUCAAGUUUGCGCCCUCCAAAUUGGAGGAUUAAAGCGAUCGCAUGGACUUUUCUCCAAAAACAAUAACAAUAUUUCAGUCAAUUAAAACAACAUUAAUGCCAUCAA